AUGGGUUUCCCUCACAGUAUACAUGAUGCCCUCAAGUCAUGCCUGUUUGAUUGGAUUCUCCGUCUGAUCUCAAUAUUCACCAUUUUUUACUGUCUAAUAUUUAACCAUGAGUGAAAAACCGCAGUACACUUAAAAUUAACUAAUACGAUAUUUAUGCCUCAGGAAGGAUGCCUUGGCACUGCUCGUCUCGAGGCAUCUCGACACGGGUCUAUCCCCACUGCCCCCGCGCGACAGCCACAGCUCCGUCCACGGUGAUAUCCAUUUAAACCCCGCCAGUGCGACUGGGGAAAGCUGCCCAGCGGCCAGCUAUUCUUUCCUCUCCUAACGCCACAACCAUGGCAUCCCUCGCAAGCGGAGCAGCCCGCGCUGCACUCAGAAACUCCUUGUCCCCCCUGCGACAGCACUCUUCGCGGACUCUAGCCACCCGCGCAACCUCUUACACACUCAACACGGGAGCCAAGAUCCCAGCUCUGGGCUUCGGCACAUUCCAGGAUGCAGAGUCCCAGGAAGAGACCGUCAGCCGCGCCCUGCAGAAGGGGAUGCGCCUGAUCGACACGGCACGGGUCUACGAUGUCGAAACGCAGGUCGGGAAGGGAAUCAAAAAGAGCGGCGUCCCCCGGGAGGAGGUUUUUGUUGGCACAAAACUGUGGUGUAAUGAUUACCACCCUGAUGAUGUGGAGCGUGCGCUGGACGACUCUCUCCGUGACUUGGAUACCCCUUAUGUCGACCUGCUGCUGAUGCAUUACCCCUGCACCUUCAAGCGUGGACCGGACCGAUUCCCACGCGAUGCUGAGGGCAGGAUGAUCCACGGCGAGACGAGUUUUGUCGAUACGUGGAAAGCGAUGGAGAAGUUGACCAAGACCAACAAGGUCAAGGCCAUUGGGGUUUCGAACUUCAGCAAGGGCGAGAUCGAGGCGCUGAUCAAGGAGUCUUCUACAGUCCCCGCUGUUCAUCAAAUGGAAGGACACCCCUAUUUACAGCAGAAGGGAUUCAACGAGUGGCUGAAGAACAAGGGUAUCCACGUCGUCCAGUUCAGCCCGCUAGGCAACAUGAACGACUUCUACCGCCAGACCGGAUGGUCAAAGGAGAUUGCGCAUAUGAUGCGAGUCAUCGACCAGCCGCUACUAAAGGAGAUCGGCGAGAAGUACGGCAAGACGCCGGUGCAGGUAGUGCUUGCAUGGGGUAUCAACAGCGGCCGCUCUGUCAUUCCCAAGAGUGUUGUGGACUGGCAGAUUGACCAGAACUUGGAGGCUGAUUUCGAGCUGCAGCCCGAGGACAUGGCCCGGAUCGCUACUUUGGAUGCGAAGGCUCGCUUCAAUGAUCCCAGCUUGGACUAUGAGUGGCGGUUGUACAGUGAUCUGGAGGGGAUUGAGGGGACCAAGAGAGGGAAGACACACUAGUUAUAGGUAUUGGGAAAAAUGAGUACAAUAAGCU